AUGUCGACGAGGAGCCGGGGCUCCUAUUGCUCCUCAUCAUGGCUGUUAGCCCCGUUGGUACUGCUUUCCCUGUGCAGAGGUGAGUGCGGCUACAGUAAUCGUUUGCAGAGUUGAGCGCGGAAGAACUCAACGGAAGAAUUUUUAUAUUUUUUUGAAAAUUGUUUCAUGAAAUGUGAUCAACUGACGAAAUGUAGAGCAAAGUGAACUGUGCUCAUAGAAAAAUAAUUGUAAAUUUAGCUUUUUAUACAAAAAAGUUAUUCGAGUUGUUCCGUGAAAAAAGGGGGCCAACGGAACAACUCGAAUAACUUUUUUGUAUGGAAAGCUAAAUUUACAAUUAUUUUUCUAUGAGCAGAGUUCACUUUGCUAUACAUUUCGUCAGUUGAUCACAUUUCAUGAAAAAAUUUUCUAAAAAAAGAUAAAAAUGCUUCCGUUGAGUUCUUCCGCUCAACUCUGAUCGUUAGAGCGCAUGCACCAUGUGGAUCGAACUUUUGCUAUAAAACAUGUCUUAGAUUUCGGUUUGAGUGCCUGACAUCACCUCGCACAUCUUCUUGUCCGUUUUUGCAUUCUAGUUUUACUCGGAAACGCACCAAGGCCAUCACUGACCCAUUUAUGACGGCGGGAAACAACAUGUUUGAUGAUUUGGGGGAAUUGCGGUCUUAAGGGCAAAAAAGAUGCGAAUAUUUGUGUUGGGAACCGGCGCGAUUUUGUGAAGGCUAACCGCAAAAAAUGUUUAUUACAGGGACCCAUCAGAUUGCCAAAAAUUUUGUCAACUCCUCAACUCCACAUCUACGACCCACGUUCGUCGUCAAUUUCGACACCUCGACAGUCGUUUGCCAGCACAGGUGAGAGUUCGUAUGGUGCAUCGGCCAGUGUUCGAAACAUGGUUUCUGGUGUUCCCGACGCGAUUUUAUCACCCCGUUUCGACCUCAAAAUAUUAUUCAAACGUUCGGCCCGCCAAGUGCCAAUUAACAGAUAUUGUGGCGUCGCAACCACAAAGCGUAUCAAGAAGGUGUCAUAAAAAGGGUCUUCUCGAAGCCAUGUUCGAUUGUUUGCCGAAUGUUUUAACCUUGGCCAAAUGGUACUGGCACACCGAGGCACACGAGAGACAAAAAAGGAACAAUUUCAUGCGUGAUUGCGGUUGAAAUGAGACAUUUCGCUGCGAAAAUUCGUGGUGGUGGCAAUUUGAAUUUGAAUUUGAAUUCGAAUUCAGUAAGGGGAACAUGACCGUGUGCUAGGGGAAUGAUGCACCAUGUUCGGAACAUGUUCUAGGACAAAACACAUGUUUUCAAACGCAUAAACCGCCAACAUUUUCAGUUCUGACCCGACAGACUUGCACAUCCACAACAUGAGCUCACUUUGCGACGGAAAACAAGACUGUUUCGCGAGUCCGGCGAUGCACGACGAAGUUUUUCCCUAUUGCGGUACUAUCGUACUUUUCCGGGAACUCAAUACAAUAUAGCCGUUUUGCAGAGCACAAAUGCGAGUGCAACGGAAAAGGCGCGUGUCUGUACGAUGGCGCCAAACCGCAGUGUUAUUGUGAUUCCGGCUUUUCCGGUACGGCGUGUGAACUUCAAGACAAGAAUGAGUGUCUGGAGCAUCCGUGUCACUUGAUGGCUCAAUGCCAGAACACCCUGGGCUCCUACGAAUGUCGCUGUCUGCCCGGAUAUCAGGGGAAUGGGCACGAGUGCGCUGACAUCGACGAGUGCUCCGAGAAAACGAUCGCUUUUUCGCAGUGUCCAGAACAUUCAACGUGUAUCAAUCUGCCGGGGACCUAUUAUUGCAAUUGUACUCAAGGAUUUAGCCCGAAGGUACGUAAAGUUUUCAAAAAAAGGGCGUUAUUCCGUUGCGGGGAAUCGAACCCCGGCCUUAUGGGUGAGAGCCAUAAAUCCUAACCACUAGACCACAACGGACUGGCGGAACAGAGGCGGCGAGGGUAAUGCUAUUACUGCGUCGCGGCGGCUGCCCGCCGGCCGGAAUAUCAUCGCCCUCAGCGACCCAUUUCUCUCACACAUAUCAUGAGUCAUAUGUCAGUCCGGGGUUCGAUUCCCCGCAACGGAAUAUUUAUUUUACAAAGUUUGAUUAUGUUGUGUGGUGUUAUUCUACACACACAAAGAUAUUGUCGUUAUCAUACACGGUCUCCAGAGCUGACAAUAUGGGCGUGGCCUCGGCGGCCAAAUGGCGUUUUUAUGAAUUGAGCAGGUUUUCUCUGAUUUUUGUGGUCAACGGCGAUGAAAAAUGAUUGUUCGACAUGAAAACACACUAAUUCUCAGAAUUAAUGACAUUUUGGCGCUUUUUUCGCGGACUUUGCUUUUUCGCCUUCGCCGCCGAUCGCCGCCUCAAAACCGCACUUCCCAUUUUGCGUUUUCUUGACCGUUUUCAGACAGAAUUGGUUUUGCGAAUGAUAAAUCACGUAAAUACAAGCAUUUUGAGCGCUCGAACCGCGAAAACUACCGAAAAGCAACUGAAAUUCACGCAGUUUUAGCCAAAAACCUUCAAACGGAUAAAUGUGAUUUGCGACUAGACCAAAUUUAACGCUCUUGCGCUUAAAAAAUUCGUAAUAGCCUAUAUAAUCGGUCUAUCGAGAGACAAAUGAGAGAUUAUCGGUUUUUCGUGGCUAAUCUGGCAAAAAAACACAAAUUUUGCUGUUAAAAUUUGAAUUUCGCGCCAAUGUAUCGCUCUAUUAGGCGGGCAUUGUCAGCUCUGGAGACCGUGAUAUCAUAAUUUUGACCUAGAGAAGUAUUUGAUCUUCGUGGCGGCAAGCAAGCCACUCGAUUGCCAUCAGGACAUCACAGAUUCACUCGGAAAUUGCAGGGAAACCAGGGAUCCGGCCUGGACAAGUGUGUGGACAUCAACGAAUGCGAGACCGAUGCGCACAAUUGCGAGAAAAACGAAAUUUGCGAGAAUACCGUCGGCUCGUUCAAAUGCGUCACAAAAUGCUCGCCCGGAUACGAGCUGAUCGACGCAAAGUGUGAGGAUGUGAACGAAUGCGCUUCGGAUGCGCUUCACAAGUGCGACGUCAGAGCCGAGUGCAUAAAUACUGUGGGCGGGUACGAAUGCGAGUGCGACGACGGUUUCGAUGGCGACGGAAAAAACUGUCAACGUUAGUUUUCUCACGGCGACCAAAAAUGUAGAAAGGGGCGUGUCCUAGCGUUUAUCACCAUUUUGGCGCGAAAUUCGAAAUUUAACCCCAUUUUUCACGUUUUUCGUCAAAAAUUAUCCAAAUUUUGUACGAUUUCGACGAUACGAUUGCAUAACUUUGUUAAACUAAUCAUCGCGCACUUUUUGAGCUUAAAACGAGCAGGUUUCAUUCAGAAAUGAAUCAAUUGAAUCGAUUUUCAAGUUUUGUGCUGAAAAUGCGCGAAUUUCAGUCAUUCGCCGAUACUUUUUGCCGUUUGAACGCUUAAAAUACUUGUAUUACCAGCGCUUAAUCACUUUCGACACUCACUUCGUCUCAAAACUGAUCCAGAUCGGCCGCUAUGAAAAUUCCGAAAUUGCGGCGGAGAGCGUAUUGCGAAAUAUGCCAAAAACGUCUCAAACGCGGCGUUUUCACGAAAAUUUCGAUGUUUUCUCUCUUUAAUGUCUCCUCUUUCGUCGCUAUCAAACACAAAAAUAUCGGAAAAGUGCUGAAAUUGCGGCAAUUUUCAGAAAACGCGUCUCAGAUUAGGCCACGCCCCUUUCUACACUUUUGGUCGCCGUGAUUUCUUAACAUUUUCGGUCCUAAGCCCUAUUUUUAAACGUUUAGCGAAAGCCUCGUGUCGAAAGAACUCUGGAAUUUGUGAUCGCCACGCGUCGUGCCACAUCGUGCUGGACAUUUGUGAUUGUAAGACCGGAUACACGGGCGACGGAAUCACUUGUCACGAUGUGAACGAGUGUGACGCCAAGGAGAAGCCGUGCGCCGACGGAGGACGCUGUCUCAACCUCGACGGUGGAUAUGUGUGCUGUGAAGAGGGUCAGGACGAUGGAGAGUGCAUUAGAGGUGAGCGGAGUGCUGGAUUCGGGUUCUGGGCGCGUUGGGGAACCCUCGAAUUUUCCAGAUCAAGGCGCAUUCUGCUCCGGCGGUUGCGGCGACAACGCAGUUUGCUCCAACGCCACGUGCGCCUGCAUCGACGGCUUCCGAGGCGAUCCACAAAAGAAAUGUGCGGAUGUGAACGAGUGCGUGGAAAAUGAUCAAGUUUGCGGCGGCGUCGGCGACCGGUGCGUCAACCUUUUCGGCGGUUUCAAGUGCUGCCAACAUGGAUCCACGGACGCGGAGUGCUCGGAUUCGGCCUUCUCCUCGGACUCCUCCACCAUUUCGAGCCAUGGCGCGGAUUUCACGACGACCGGCGAGCAGCUCAUCCAAAACGCCGGCUCAAUCCAGACAUCCUCGGGCGGCACAAUCACCGUAACCCGCGGUGUCAUCCCGAAAAACGUUGAACUGACGACUUCCGGAAAACUCGCUUGCACCUCGUAUUGUCCGGCCAACUCGGAGUGUUUGGACGGCUUCUGCGAGUGCGUCAAGGGUUACGGUGGAAAUGCGUUGGUCGGGUGUGAGGAUGUGGACGAGUGCAUCACCGAAACGUGCAAUACCGACGAGAACGAGUGGUGCGUCAAUUUGGACGGCGGCUUCGUGUGCUGCAAUCCGAGCAAUGCUACUCAUGACGAUUGUUUGGGUGAGUUUCAGGCAAUCAACAUUUUCUGGAACACGUUUUUCAAAUUGUCCAAUUCCAGGCCUCGAAAUCACCCGCGAAAAGGGUCUGCAGGUGAUCGGCGUGAACGAGGAAGGCACGAUCGUGGCGACGCGUUCGAACGACUCGACAAUCGACGAACUCAUCACCGAAACCACGACAACUUCGCGGAACCAUUCGUCCGGCCAGAUCAUCUACACACGUGGCAAAGUUUCGCAGGGCGAGGCCGUCACUCAGGCCAUCCGUCCGACCGAUUCCGAUCAAUUCGGGCUCGAGAUCUCGGCCGCCGAUUUGGCUGGAAGUGGUUCCGGAAUUCUACUGUUGACGACGCCGACGACGAUCAAAUUGGAAGGAUCCGGCAGAAAGGACAUGGGCGUUUGGACGGAGGAGGACGAUGGAGAGGAUGAGGACCUGAUGGAGGAGGGAUCCGGCGGCUCGUGGAGCACCACACUCAACGGAACCGGAUUUACGGGCGCGCCGAGGUCGGAGGGCACGAUCCGGGUGAGAAUUACCACGUUGGGCGAGGAUUCCGAGGUGGAGACGGCCACGAAGGCCGGAGUUACGGCUCCUGCAAACGGAUCUGGAUCUUCUGGAGCCACUAAGACAUCUGGAGAGUCUUCCACGUCUUCUGGAAGUUCUUCUGGAUCCUCAGGAUCUUCAACAUCUUCUGGAACAUCAGCCACCUCAUCAGGCAAAGAAUCUGGAGUGUCCGGAAAUUCCACGUCUUCUGGAGAAGGAUCAGGAUCUUCCGGAGUGUCUGCCACGUCAUCUGUGAAAGAAUCUGGAUCUUCUGGAUCUUCGACGUCAUCUGGAGAAGGGUCUGGAACCACCACGACUACUGGAGAGUCUGGAUCUUCGGGAUCGUCUUCUGGAAGUUCUUCUGGAUCUGCCACAUCAUCUGGAGAGGGUUCUGGAAGCAUAACGACAUCUGAAGAGUCAGUCACAAAAGAAUUGGGAUCUUCUGGAUCCGUGACGUCUUCUGGAAAAGCAGCUGGAGCCACGUCAUCUGUUAAAGAGUCUGGAUCUUCCGGAUCAACUUCUGGAGGCUCAUCCGGAUCUGCCACGUCAUCUGGUGAGGGAUCAGGAUCUUCUGGAGCCACCAAGACAUCUGGAGAAUCGCCCACGUCUUCUGGAAGUUCUUCUGGAGCAUCGGGAAGAUCCACAUCGUCCGGGGAAGGUUCAGUUCCUUCUGGAGUCACGACGACUUCUGGAAAGGAUUCUGAAGAAUCUACCACGUCAUCUGGCAAAGAAUCUGGAUCUUCUGAAACCUCCAAACCAUCUGGAAACGACGAGAAACUUGGCGUCUCGAAAGAAGGACAAGAAUCGACGUCUUCUGGAGCGAGUGCCACGUCAUCAGGCGUUCCAGAAGGAUCUGGCGACGGCGAGUGGUUUGAAACUGGCUCCAAGGGACAUUUCGAAUCGGGAUCCAAGGUUACGGUCACUUCUGGAAAGGGAACGAAUCCUGAGCCGACGGGAACGUCUCCAACUUCUGGGACCAUCAUCAAAACUCCAGAGGACAAGCCUCAGAUCACCACCGACGACGAGGAUUCAUCGUCGACGACUUCUGGCGGCGAGAAAAGUCCGAAGAGCGAUUCGAAGGGUGAGAAGCCGAAAACGAAUGAGAAAGAUGCGGAAAUCGAUGGAUCCGGAGAGCCGACGUCUUCUGAAAAGCCUUCUGAAGGCGCGCAAACCUCGGAGAAGCCGUCAGGACCUUCGGAACAGCCGGAAGAAGGAUCGGGCAUUCUUACGAUCAAUUCUGGUGGCAAGAACACCACUUUCGAGCGGGGAACCAAACUGGACAAGGUUGAACCGGAGGGAAAAGAUGGGAAUAAGUCGGGCGAAGAAGAUUCUGGAGUCGGAUUGGAAAUCAGUGCUGGAGAGAAGAAGGAGCCGGGUUCCUCGAAAGAAGUCGGAUUGGAAAUUGUGUGGGAGUCUACCACGACCGCCGCCACACCGGAUUCUGAAAUUGUAGGUCAUCGGACGGCUUUUUCGAACAGAAACAUGCCUCAAAACAUGUUCAGCAAUCCGAUAAUCCUCUAAAUUUCAGGUUGGCCUCGAAAUUUCCGGAACCGACCUCACGAAAAGCACGAAACUGCCAAUUGAGGGCUCCGGAACUGGCGACGAGGAAAUCAGUGAGUUCCGCCUGAAUAUUCACCCGGUCGAUGCACCAUGUUACAGCUGCCACGACUCGGGACGUCUCGAAGAGCACGAAGAAGCCGCCACGUGUCGAGAUUGACGGAGGGGACAACGGAGAGACGGAAGGCGUCGACGGAAAAGCCACGUCACCGGCGCCGGUCUCUCCGGAAGGUGGAUCCGGGUCCGGAGAGCUUCCAGAUGCUUCUGAAGGUUCUGGAGAGUCUACCGUGGCUCCGACCACGUCUACAGAGUCUUCGGAAUCCUCAACGACAACUUCAGAAGGCGUUUCAUCAACGUCUUCUGCUCCUGCUCCCGUUUCCACGUCAUCUGCUUCUGCUACAACAACUUCUGAAGUCGAAGGGUCUGGAACGUCAUCAUUGGCUCCAGAAGUCCCGGAAUCUUCUACCGAAGCGCCUACAUCUUCAGAAUCGCCCGAGGAAGGCUCUGCAACUUCUCCUGCAGUCUCCGAGGCUCCAGAAUCCACGACAACCACUCCGACUGUGGCGCCGGCCACAAUUCAGCACCGCGAAGAGCCCACGCCGACCAAAGACACGUUUGCUCUUCCGACGACGACGACCGCGGCGCCGAGCAACGAGACUAUGUGAGUUUGCGAUCGAAAAUGAAGAAAAGUGUUUUGUUUUUGUGUUUUUGCAGUGAAAACACAAAGUGUACGAGCAGCGACGAGUGCGGAAUGGAUGCUCUAUGCGAGAGAAGAACCGGAGUGUGUCGAUGCGAACCCGGAUUCGAAGGAGCUCCGCCCAAGAAGGCUUGUGUCGGUGAGUUGGGGGGGGGGGGACGAAAACAUGCUGAAGAGUUAACUGUUGUCACCACCGUAAUCCUUUGCAGACGUGGACGAGUGUGCGACGGGUGACCACAAGUGCCACGAGUCGGCGCGUUGCCAGAACUACAUUGGCGGCUACUCGUGCUUCUGCCCGACCGGCUUCCGCAAAACCGACGCCGGUUCGUGCGACGACAUUGACGAGUGCACCGAGCACAAUUCCACGUGUUGCGGCGCCAACGCGCAGUGCGUCAACAAGCCGGGCACGUAUUCGUGCGAAUGCGAGCACGGAUUCCUCGGCGACGGCUAUCAUUGUGUGGCGAGCACGAAGAAGCCGUGCGACUCGGAGCAAGUGCUCAAGAGCCACUGCGCCGAGAGCAAUAUGGCGUGUGAAGUGGAGACGUCGACGGGCGCCGUCGAGUGUAGGCAAUGUAUGAGUGGGUAUCGGAAAGUCGGUGCCACGUGUGAAGACGUCAACGAAUGCGACGCUUCGCCGGCUCCAUGCGCGGCCAACGCGAAUUGCGUCAAUCUCAACGGAACGUUCUCGUGCUCCUGCAAACCCGGAUUCCGGGGCGACGGCUUCCAGUGCCUGGACAUCAACGAGUGUGACGAGAAGCAUCCGUGCCACCCACACGCGGAAUGCACCAACACCGACGGCGCCUUCUCCUGCCAAUGCCACGCCGGAUUCGAGGGCGACGGCGUCAAAAAGUGCACGAAUCCGUUGGAGCGCAGUUGUGAAGACGUCGAAAAGUUCUGCGGACGGACCGAGCACGUCUCCUGUCUCAGCGUCCGCAUCUACAACGGAUCGCUGUCGUCGGUGUGCGAGUGUGAACCCGGAUUCCGGUUUGAUAAGACCAAAAAUGCGUGUGUGGACGUGGACGAGUGCGACGAGAAUCGCAACAAUUGCGAUCCGGCGUCGGCGGUCUGCGUCAACACCGAAGGAUCGUUCAGAUGCGAGUGUGCCGAGGGAUACGAGGGCGAAGGAGGCGUUUGUACUGGUGAGUCGUCAGAGUUCUCUUUCAAAACAUGGUUUUGUUUCGGUUCAGACAUUGACGAAUGCGAUCGUGGAAUGGCCGGCUGCGACAGUAUGGCAAUGUGCAUCAACCGAAUGGGCUCUUGCGGAUGCAAAUGCAUGGCCGGAUACACUGGCGACGGCGCACAUUGUACCAGUAAGUACAGCACUAGUUUUUUGUCCAAGAAACAUGUUCCAAGACACUUUUUUUCACCCCAAACCAUUCCAGAAAUCGAGGAAGCGCUCAAAUCCGACAAAACCGCGUGCACCGACGAGUGGUCGCGUCUGUGUGAGCUCGAAAAGAAGCAGUGCACGGUGGACGAGGAGGAGGUGCCUCAGUGCGGAGCGUGUCUUCCGGGACACCAUCCGAUCAACGGAACCUGUCAAUCUCUCCAGAUUUCCGGUCUUUGCGCCCAUAAAAACGACUGUAACCAGCACGCGGAGUGCAUUGACAUUCUGCCCGAUUCGCACUUUUGCAGCUGUCCCGACGGCUUCAUCGGCGACGGAAUGAUGUGUGAUGGUAAGAGGAGUAUCAAACGAGACCUAUAAUAUCGAAAUAUUGUAGACGUGGACGAGUGCACGAACGCGGGAAUGUGCGAGGACAAGAAUUCGCAGUGCGAGAACACGGUCGGCUCGUUCAAAUGCGUCUGUAACGACGGAUUCAAGAAGGAGGCGGAUGUCUGUGUGGCCGAGAAGCCGAAUCGGACCAAAAUUGAGACGGACGAUGAGAACUUCGAAUCCAUGUCUUCUGGCGCCGAGAAACCGGCGACGAAGAGCGCUUCUGAACCUCCAGAGGCUACUACGGUGUCUUCGACGACAUCUGAAGCCACCACCACCUCAUCUGGAACCUCUCAAGCUCCAGAAGCCAGCAAAGGUACAAAAACGUCUUCUGCAUCCACGUCGUCUGUUCCUAUCACGUCUUCUGAAGCACCAGUCACGUCGUCCGAGUCUCCAGAACUCACCACGUCGUCUGUCAAGAGUUCUGAAGCUCCAGAAUCCACCACAAGUCUGUCUGAAGUUGUCACGUCAUCAGAGUCCACCGUGUCAACGUCCUCGUCUUCUGAAGCUCCAGAAGGUGUCAGCACGUCUUCUGAAGCACCAGCUACAUCGUCCGAGUCCUCAGAAGCUCCAGAAUCCAUCACGCGUCCGUCUGAAGUUGUCACAUCAUCAGAGUCCACCGUGUCAUCGUCCACGUCUUCAGAAGCCCCAGAAGUCACUUCAACGUCUUCUGAAUUCACAGUGUCAUCGUCCAAAGCUCCAGAAAGUGUCACAACGUCUUCUGAAGCUACCACGUUGUCUUCAAAGGCUCCAGAGGCCUCCACAAAGUCAUCUGAAGCACCUCUAUCAUCGUCCACGUCUUCUGAAGCCCCAGACGUCACUGAGACGUCUUCUGAAGCACCAGCGUCAUCGUCCAAAGCUCCAGAAGUUCCUGCCACAUCAUCUGCAACGCCCACGUCUUCUAAAUCAUCAUCUGAAGGCACUACCGUCUCGUCAGUGGCUCCAGAAGCCACAACAUCUUCAACAGAAGCCACGAAAGGUACCACAACGUCUUCUGAAUUUGUCACCUCGUCCGGCACGCCUUCUGGUGCUUCUAAAGCGUCAGAAGCCACCACAACUGUAUCGUCCAAGGCUCCAGAAGCUUCCACGUCAUCCGUCACAGUGUCCACGGCUCCAGAAGCCGUCACAAAGGCUUCUGAAGCACCUGCAACGUCUUCUGAAUCUGUCACAUCAUCUGUCACGUCUUCUAAAGCUCCAGAAGCUUCCACGUCAUCUGUCACAGUGUCCACGGCUCCAGAAGCCGUCACAAAGUCUUCUGAAACUCCAGAAACUAGCACUGUGCAGUCGAAAUCGUCUUCCGAAGCUCCAGAAGCGUCCACGUCAUCUGUCACGUUUUCUGCAUCUCCAGAACCUAUCACAAAAGCUCCAGAAGCCACGAGCACCACUUCUGAAACUGGUACGUCGUCCGAAUCUGUCACCACAACGUCUUCUCAAGCACCUUUGUCAUCGUCCGAAGCUCCAGAAGUUUCCACGUCAUCUGUCACGUCUUCUCAAGCACCUGUGUUCUUGGUAACGUCUACUGCACCGUCAGAAGCCACUACAACGUCUUCUGUGGCUGAAGUCGCCGCCGAGUCAUCUGAAUCACCGUUGGAAUCCGGAAAAGCGACGACGGAAGAUCCACUCACUGUGUCCGUUCGAAUUCAUGAGCUCACCACGGUUUCUGAAGCCUCAAAGGCUCCAGAAUCUACGACGACGUCUUCUGAACAGCCUUCUACACCAAGUACGUCUUCUGUCACCGCUUCUGAAGUUGUGACGUCUUCUAAUGUUGUCACAAAGCUUGAUAGAGGUCAAAAAGUCAAAACCACCACCUCCCCGAGCAUUGUCACGUCGUCUGAAGCACCUUUGUCAUCGUCCAAGCGUCCAGAAGUUGAAACUACCGCUUCUUCUGAAAGUGUCACGUCUUCUGAAGGUUCAGUGUCACCGUCUAAGGCUUUAGAAGCUCCCACAAAGACUUCUGGAAUUGUCACGUCAUCAAAAUCAUCUGUGUUGUCAUCCACGCCUUCAGGAACCACAAAGAAGGCUUCUGAAGCCACCACGCCUUCUGAAGGUGUGUUCACGUCUCCAGAAAGUGCCACGUCUUUUGUCUCGUCCACCAAUGGUCUACCAGAACCUUCCAAAGCUUCUGGAACCAUUGUCACGUCUUCUGCCAUCUCAACUGUACCGUCCAAAACUCCAGAAGCUUCCACAACGUCUUCUGUGUCGUCCACAGCUUCUGAAACUUCCACGUCGUCUGUCACGUCUUCUGGAGCUCCAGAUUUGAGCACUGUACAGUCCAGCACAUCGAAAGCGCUGUCCAAUACAACUUCUGAAACGUCUGAAGCUCCAGAAGUUUUCACGUCAUCUGUCAAGUCUUCUAAAGCACCGUCCACGUCUCCAGAAGGUGCCAGGUCUUCUGAAACCACCACGUUGUCUUCGAAGGCUUCAGAAGCCACCACAAGUUCGUCUAAAGUUGUCACGUCAUCUGUCACGUCUUCUAAAGCACCAGUGUCAUCGUCCAAACCGUCAAAGUCUCCAGAAGUCACCACCACCUCAACUUCUGGAUCUGUCACGUCUUCUGGAGCUUCUACCACUGUCAAACCGUCUGAAUCCACAGUGUCGGCGUCUAGAGCUUCACCAGGUGUCACGACGUCUUCUGAAUUUAUCACAUCAUCUGUCAUGUCUUCCGGAGCUCCAAAAGCUUCUCCAGAAACUUCCACGACAUCUGUCACUGCGUCCAAAGCACCACAAGCCGUCACAAAGACGUCUGAAGCUCCAGAAUCAAACACUGUGCAGUCAAAAUCGUCCUCACCGGCUCCAAAAGCGUCCACCUCAUCUGUCACGUCUUCUGAAGAACCAGUCUCAUUGUCCAAAGCUCCAGAACCGUCCACGACGUCUUCUGGAUCUGUCGCGUCAUCUGUCACGUCUUCUGAAGCUCCUAAAAGCCCAGAAGCCACCACCACUGUAUCGUCCAGAGCUCCAGAAGCUUCCACGUCAUCUGUCACAGUGUCCAAGGCCCCAGAAGCCAUCACAAAGUCUUCUGAAACUCCAGAAACUAGCACUGUGCAGUCCACGACUUCAAAAACCACCAAAAAGUCGUCCACGUCAUCUGUCACAGCUUCUGAAGCAUCAGUGCCAUUGUCCAAAGUGCCGGAAGCUUCCACCACGUCUUCUGGAUCUGUCACAUCAUCUGUCACGUCUUCUGAACCUUCAGAAUCAAGCACAACGUCUUUAGUGUCAUCGUCCGCGUCUCCAGAUGUCAUUGUCACGUCUUCAACGUCUUCUGGAGAUGUCACGUCCUCGUCGGCUCCAGAAGCCACCACCACCACGUCUUCUGGAACGCCACGUGUCCGUCUCAUCACCGGAACCCCACCGGAUGACGUCCUCACCUCGUCCACUCUCACUGUGCCACGUCAGCAACAACAUCGUCAAAAUGUCACGUCUUCAGAAUCCACGUCGACUUCUCCGCAUCCGCCGCCGACUACGACGACGACGACGACGUCUUCUUCUCAACAGACCACCACGUCUUCAGGUGAGAAUUUUCGAACGUUUUAGCAUGGAAAGCAUGAUUAUCGAUUGAUUUUAUUGACUUUCUCGACAAACUGAUACGUUUUUUGAAUGAAACACUAACCGCUCCGGGUGGCAGGUAACCUCCGAGGACCGCCGAGCAUCCAACCGCCACCGGAACUCCGAACGUCGACCACCGAAGCCCCGCCUACGAAUAACGGAGGGUACGGCGAGGAGAGUAAUCUGGAAGAAGAAGUCGUCCCCACCACCACCACCACAGAAGCUCGUGAGUUGAGGGAAUUGGCAUGAUUUGCAUGAAAACUCGAAUUUUGAUCGAUUUGGUUCUGAAAUUUGAGUUGCUCACGUCGAAAUCUUUCUUCAUUCAUUUUUGAUUUCCGAGCCAUCUAACUUGCCAGUUAUUCUCGAGAUGAAGGAGUGAAAACUGACCAGCGCCGCAUGGAGAACACCGAAAUGACCACCCCCAAACCGUUCUAAACUUGCAUUUUCAGCGGCGUCUCUCUGCGCCAACAUCACGUGCCACUCCCUGGCCACUUGUGAACCAUCCUCGGGCACGUGCAUCUGUCGCGACGGCUUCAUCGGCGACGGACUCACGAGUUGCUCCAAAAAGAGCACCGCCGACUGCGUUUCGCUUCCGUCUCUGUGCGCCGAAAACGCCAAGUGCGACAACUCGACGCGGUCGUGCGAAUGUGAUCCGGGAUACAUUGGCGACGGAUACGUUUGUGGUCCGCAUCCGCAAGAUUGUGUGCUCCGCGCGAAUUUGUGCUCUCCGGAGGCGAUUUGUCAGAAUCGGAGGUGUCAAUGUCUGCCCGGAUUCACUGGCGACGGAGUCAAGUGCGUCAGCAUCCACGAGCGCGCCAGCAAUUGCUCACAAUGCGAUGCGAAUGCGCAUUGCGUGGGCGGUGCCACGUGUAAAUGCAAUGUAAGUUGUGAAAUCUGAAUCUUGGCAUCUAGUUUUUUUCUUUUUUUUCUAGUUUAUGAUUUUUUUGUACGACCACUCCCUGGAGUACUGUAAUUGCUUGAAGUUAUGACCAGUUCAACGACCACGCAUUUCAAUACCAAUUUCCAAGCGCUACAGUACUCCAGGAAGUGAUCGUAGAGAAAAAUGAUCAACUACAAAAAAACAGUACACGGUAUGAAGAUAUCCCAAAAAAAUUUCUAGAGCUCCCGGACCUCUUUCAAGCUUACACUACACUCUCAAAGUUCGCCAUUUUUCUACAACUAUUCUAUCUUCGCACUUUUCAGCCCGGCUACUUUGGCAACGGUCUCUGCUGCGUGCCGGACCCUCUCGACUGCGUCCACUUCACCGGAAUCUGUCAUCCGAACGCCGUGUGCAACCAGGAUUCGCGCCAAUGCGAGUGCUCUUCCGGUUUUUCCGGAAACGGCGUUUCGUGCUUCCCGCAAAAGUCGUGCCGCACUGACAAGUCGGUGUGCGCCAGGAAUGCGAUUUGUCUGCCGACUGGCAACUGUAUCUGCCGUCACGGCUUCAAGGGAGACCCGUUCUACAAGUGCGAGAGUCUCGUCGCCAAAGGUUUGUGGUUUAAGCGCGACCUUUUGUGUCUAACCAAUCCACUUUCAGACCCGGGUAACGGUCACGACCUGUCCGACGUCAGCUCGUGCCUCACCCCGUGUGACUCCGCCACGCAACUCUGCAUUUCUGGAGAAUGCCUCUGCAAACCGGGCUUCCGCUCCAACCAAAACACCACCGAAUCCCGGUGCCAGGACGUUGACGAGUGCUUUGAGAAAUCGCACAAAUGCGAUCGGGUGGCCAAGUGUCAGAACACGUUCGGAUCGCACGUAUGCACGUGUCCCGACGGUCAUGUCGGCGAUGGAACCACUUGUGUGCCACACGUCAAUCAGGGCAAACUUUCGGGUUGGUUAUCGAAAUCCUUGAUUGAUUUGACAUACAUCUGGCCCGCACAAGGGGGAUUGAAUGCUGAAAGCAUCAAAUGAUGCAUGUCAAAUGAUUCUCUGUAAAAAAAAUCACUUUUCAGUGUACUGCGAAGCGGACGGAAUGACACUGGUGCUGGGCAACGAGACCGACGAUUUCGAGGGCAAGAUCUUCGUGAAGGGACAGGCCGAGAAUCCGCACUGCUCCAAAACGUUCAGCUCACUGCUCAACUCGCACAAACCCUACGUUUUCAAGGUCGCCUUCCAGCACUGUGAUGUUCAACUUUUGGAAAAUGUGCGUUUUUCGCGUUCUGCUAUUGUUUUUGUUCAACAAUCGGCUUGUUUCAGCAUACGAUGGCGUCGACAGUCGUUGUUCAGAAGCACGCAAUGUUCUUGACGAACAAGGCCGAUUCCUACGACCUUCGUUGUCAGUAUCCGAUCGGAUCGCGUGCGGUCGAGUCGCACGUGAACGUGUCCGAACUCGCGACCACCUCGACUCUGACGGACAAAAACUCGACGCUCGCGCCGAUUUGUCGAUUGUCGGUCUCCAAUGACAAGCAGUUGUCGAUCAGUUCGGCGACCGUCGGAGACACCCUCAAAUUGGCGUUGGAAGUGACGCCAGCCGACAACUUUGGCAUUUUGCCCCGAAAUUGUUUUGCGGUCAACAUUGAGAGCGGCGAGCGGUACACUUUGACCGACGAAUCCGGAUGCGCCAUCGACGAAUCGUUGUUCCCGCAGUGGUCUGUCGCCACGUCGUCAAAGGUUCAGGCUGUGUUUAGGUACGUUCGGAACGAGUUUUGACUCAAAAUGACCUCAUAACCGCUUUUUUCUUUUUGCAGAACCUUCAAAUGGCCCGACUCGUCGAUGAUCCGCUUCCAGUGCGACUGUGCUCCGUGCGUCGGACAGUGCUCGACGCCGUCGUGCAUUUCGACGGCCAGAUUCAGAAGACAUCACACGCCGACGGUCGUGAUGAACGACGAGAUCCGGCAGGAACUCGUGCUGGUGAGUGGGGGCCUAGAACUUGAGGCCUGUGGACUAGCAUUCCAAAGAUUCCUAGCUUCCGAGAAGUUGGACCUUGGUCUAGAAACUUAGGCCAUGGCCUAGAAUUCCAAGAAUUUUGUUCUAGGCCCAGGCGGCGGCCUAACAUCCCAAUUUCAACACAUUUCUCUUCCAGAUGACCGGCGUCGAAUCGCUUGCCGUCUCGUCGAUCAUCAACGUGCACGACUCGGCAGAAAUGACGUCUUCAGAAGACCCGGAAGACGUCGGCCUUCAGAUGACGUCAUCCGAGUCGAUUUGCGUCCGAAUGGCUCCGUUGCUCGUCGCGCUCGGCUCUUUCGUCGUCUGCUCGGCGGUGCUCCUCUAUUUGUGCUCGAAAAAACCGAAAACCGUGGAGACGAGCUCGGAAAUUGGAUUUUAA